ACUUUGGUUUCUCUUGAACGUCAAACGCGUUGGGGUCGAUUCUGAGGCGUCAUUGCUCCAAAUUUAUCUCUUAAUUAAUCUCUUAAUAUUUUCAUUUAAGAAUUUCACAAAAUUACCAUUUUACCUAACUAAAAUUGUAAUAACUUUGUAUUAAAUCUAUUAUAAAAUUAGUUCAUGUUAGUCCUUACAAUAAAGAUUUCGAAAAAUGACAUCUCAGAGUCGACCCCAAUUCUUUUAUGUUUGUUUAAUUUCUUCAAAGUUAUCUGUACCAAAAAUGAUCUGUGCUUUAAUAUACAUUACGAUGACUAUGCCGAAAAGUGAAAGAGAUUGUCAUCUACCUUUAUCAAGAGUAAAAACAAUAAUGAAAAGUUCUCCAGACGUAGAAGCAGUAGGGCCAGAACCGCUGUAUUUAGUUACCAAAGUUACUGAAUUAUUUGUCACAGAUCUAGCCAAAAGGGCCCAUAAGAAUAGUAAAGGCAAUUUGCUAGAAUACAAACACAUAGCUGAAGUUGUUCAGGAAGAUGACACUUUGGAUUUUCUUAGAGAAAUUAUGCCAAAAAAAAUAACAGUACGACAGUUUAAGGAGAUCAUGGCUAGAAAGGCGGCAAAAGGCAACAGAUCAGAUGACGAAUCCAGUGAGGAGGAAUCCAGUGAAGAGGAGAGUAGUGAGGAAAGCAGUAGUGAGAACAAUGCAGACUGACAAAUAUGAUUAUGACUUUAAUAUGAUUACGUUAAUAAUUAAAUAAACUUUCCGACUGAAUGAUUGCUUGGGACAUAACUACAUACCUAAAUUGUGAUAAUAAUCCACUAAACAAUUUAUCACAAUGUAUUAUAUAAUUAUAAUGUAUAAUUAUAAAUCUGGACAAAUUUUAAUUAAUUUAUUACUUAUGGAACUUGAUGACAAUUUGUGGAACUAACAUGUUAAAUUAUGAGAAAUAAAUUCAUUCAAUUCUUUUAAUGAUUAUGAAUAAAAUCUUUAAUGUUUAAGGUAUUUCUUUAAUGUUAAUGUUAUUGUAAAAUUUUGUCUAUGUAUUGCUGGUACAAACAUAUUUCCAAAUAAAAUAUGCAAUCAACA